AUGGAAACAGAGCACCACCUGCUGCCGCCCCGUGCGCCCCCCGCCCUCGCGCCGCCGUCUUCUUCUUCCCCAACCGGCACACUGCACACGUUCGAGCGCCUCCACGCCGAAGGCUUCGCCUACCUCGCCGACAACUCGUACAUCCGGUCGGGCUACCGCCUCCACUACUCGGCGCGCGACUGCUUCCUCUCGCUCUUUGAGCUCCACAACGAGACGCUCAACGUCUGGACGCACGUCAUGGGCUCGUUCAUCUUUGCAGUGCUCAUGCUGUACCUCGCGCUGUCGGGCCACGCGCUCGCGCCCGCCCGCGACAGCCGUGCGCAGGCGGUCCUCAGCAACUACACACCGCCGCCACACUCGAGACGGUGCACGAGCGACGACGCGCUGUACCUCCGCGACGGCCGCCACACUACACGACUGUUGCUGGCCGUGGCGCUGCCCGAGCUCUGCCCGCUGCCGCCUUCUGCGAGCUCUGCGGAGGCGCCGGCCAAGUACUAUGACGUUGCAAGCGCUGUGCUCGCGCACAGUCUGCAGCGCCUCCACGCGCUGCUGGAGCCCCAUGGCGGCGGCUUUUCCGACUCAAUGGCGGCGCCACUCGAGCAGCUGCGGUACGAACUCGGAGCUCUCUCGGCCCGUCUCAGCGCCCGUGUGCUGCGUGACGUGCCGCCGUCGGAGCGCGUGCAGUCGCUCAAGAGGCAGCUCGACGACCGCGUCGAGUCGCUGUUGGUGUUUGUACGCGACGUGGGGGCCGAUGGGCCCAUGAAGUACGUACUGGAGGAACUGCAGGCGGUCGCCGAGAGCGUCCGCAGUGGACUGCACCUGUUGGCUGCCGACGAGGGCCCGCACGACGUGCCCCGUUGGCCGCUGUUUGUCUUUUUGGCGAGCGCUGUGAUUUGCCUCAGCUGCAGCGCGACGUUCCACUUGAUGUUUGUCGUGAGUCGCUCGGCCUACACGCUGCUGUCGCGACUGGACUACGCUGGCAUUACGAUCCUCAUUGCGGGAUCGUUCUACCCCAUGAUUUACUACUCGUUCUACUGCCACCCGUGGCAGCGCAGCGUCUAUUUGGUCGUGAUCUCGACGCUGGCUGCACUGACGUUCACCGUGGCGCUGUUGCCAGUCUUUGGCACGCCCAAGUUCCUCGUGGCGCGCACGUGCAUCUUUCUCGCGCUGGGCUUUUUUGGUGUGGUUCCCGUGACGCACCUUGUGUGGCGCUUUGGGCUCUCGGACCCGCACGUGACGAUCAUGAUCGGGCCGCUGCUGCUGAUGGGCCUCUUGUACACGAGCGGGGCCAUCAUUUACGCGACCAAGUUCCCCGAGCGCUUUUACCCAGGCCGCUUUGACCUGUGGUUCUCGAGCCACCAACUUUGGCACAUUUGCGUCGUGGCGGCCGCGCUCGUGCACUUUGCCAAUGCGUUGCAGCAGUACGAGUGGCGUUGGAACACGCAGUGCGAAGCUUAG